AUGGACUCGGAAGACGGCGAGUUUUUCGUAAAGCAACUAGCUAGCUUUGUGCGCACGCACGAAAAGGCUCUCGCAAAUGCACUCCAGUUUCGGCGACAGAACGCGCCUCGGCAUGGAUCAUCGCAGAGCGUCUCGUCCGUCCCACCAGUACCGGUCGCUUCCGCGCCGGCCGUUCCGGAGCGUCCCUCGACAUCGGCUUCUACCACGAGCACCCUCGCCGCUGCCUUCUCGCUCGGGUCGCUAAGCUUUACAUCACAUACCGUUAAGUCAGCGAAGUUGGCCCUUACACCGCACCAUCUGUUCUACUUGCUCUCGCGGUUCGAGGAAUUAGGUAUCCCCGUAGGACCGAUGAAGAUUCGUCUCGAGAACCUACAUGACACCACCGCUUCGGCAAACUAUGUGUCUUUCCUAGGGCAGUCCCAACGUUCCAAAAGCCGGGGAUCUGACGUGGGCUCAAUCCGCUCUGUCUCAAGCAUCAGGAGCGUCAUGUCGGGCAUGUCUGCCCUAUGGGCUAGCUUUGGGAUUGGCUCGAGCAUAUCCGCUGCCCGAACAGAGAGGCAAAAGGCUGCCAUCCAGGCCGAUUUGAAGUAUCUGUAUUCCGCCUUCACCAAGAUCCCGUGUCUGAGGUUGGCUCCGGAUUGGCGAGCACGCCUUAUCAGGGGCUAUGAAGAAUUCCCCUUUGACUCGGCCGUGCCCCUGUAUGUGUUCAAAAACGUACAAGCGCUCGAGGUGAGCGACAUUGACUUCAGGCAAUUCUUCGGCUGGGACAGGCUUGCCGAGCAGCUUCGAUCCCUUACGCUCAAGCGUGCCAGCGUAGAUGAUCCCGCAGACGUCUUGAUUGAUAUCGUACUGGAUGACAUGGACAAGCGACGUCGCCGCACGUCCAAGAGCCAGUCAUCGCCCACCACCCCCUGGGCCGCAGCAGCAAGUCCUCGGAGAAGUCCGACAGUAUCCAAUGUCGACCUCCACAAGGCUACCUCGACCCCGGGUUCGCCCGAGGCUCGAAAGUCGACGGUGGACUUACCUGUUGGGUCAUUGAACAGCGAGGCUGGAGCGGAUCAAGAUGAAUCCAACGCAAUGGACAGCAGGCGACCGUCGAUCGUCAGGAUAGACAGCGACGAACCCAAGUCGCCCACCAAGGACUCCCGGCAACGAAGCCAUUCUCCUCGCCGGCCUUCGAGCUCGAGGAACGGAUCAGCCAACGUUCGUGGGUCUUACAAAAUCCGGCGAUCCGGGUCCGGAAGCUCCCAUUCAAGCCUUUCGGACUCCUGGCACCAUUCUCGCGGCAGCUCCUCGAAUCUUCUUGCCAUGGGCAUACUUCCCGCCUCGAAAUGGCGCUUCCUGAAGCAUCUCAGCCUGGCGGAUAACUCACUAACCACGAUUCCCGCAGCAAGCCUGGCCCCGCUUGCCAAUAGCCUCCAUUCUCUUGACCUCUCGUCCAAUCUAUUCACACAAAUCCCUGACAGCCUCGCUAAUCUCACUGCACUUCGUGCUCUCAACUUAUCCCAUUGUAUGAUAGAGUCUCUACACUCCCUUACCCGCAACCCGCUACCGGCCAUCACGGCGCUCAACCUGAGAGCAAAUCGGCUGCAGUCCAUUGCAGGAAUUGAGAAGUUGUUCCCACUCGAGAGGCUGGAUUUGAGAGAGAACCGCUUGACUGAUCCGAUGGAGUUGGCUCGGCUGACUGGAAUUCCGGAAAUACGCGAAAUAUACGUGGAAGGCAACCCGUUUACACGAACCCAUCGGGACUAUCGUGUCACCAUCUUCAACCUAUUUCGCAAGACACCGGGUUACACGGAGGAUAUCACGAUUGACGCCACUGGUCCGACACACGCCGAGAAGCGCUACUUGGUCGAGCGAGCGGAGGUGCCUCCCGCCGUACCCGUCGUCAAGCCUGAGCCCGCAGAAAUACCCGCCGUCGACGUCAGCAAGCCAGCCAUCAUCUAUGACCCGCCACCCAAGGAACAUGCUGUUCUCCGCAAAGAACGUCCCGUCCCAAGAGCCGCCUCGAGCGAAGUCAACACUAGCUCUACGCGACGUCGCAGGGCGCCCAAGCGGCGAAUAGUCGAUCUCGCUACUAAUGAUGGCGCUAUCCCCGUUGGACGUCCCGUUGAUUCCCAGGUAGCCAGCGUCAAGUCAGUCCCGGAGCCUGAAAACAAUUAUCGCAUUUCGCAACCGGUGGAGGCGCAGGAUCCGCCUCAGCCUAUCCUAGCCGGAAGCCCCGUUUCGCACAUGCAGGCAGGCGAUGUGCCUAGAAUCGAUACGAGUGUCUCGCCCGAAUUCCCUUCGAUUCUUGGGUCACCUGGGAGCAAUGCAGAUUGGGACGUGGGUGGCGAGCUUUACCGCCGCAAGAUUGAGGCCCUCCGUGAUAAGGUUGGGAACGGCUACCUGAGCGUUCUUAGCGAGGAGAGUUGGGAUCCUACUUCGCGAGCCUCGGACUACCACGAGGCUGCUGUAGAGUUCGGUGCUGCCUCUCCAACUUCGCGUCACAACCCCGCAACGAUAUCGCGACCCACUACCGUGCAAGCCAUCCAUAGUGGUGGACUUAGGUGA